UUGGGCCUCAGGGAGGCGGAGAAGCCGGUGAAGGCCGCCCCUGCCGCUGCCGCCUGUUUGCUGUGCUCCCCUCGGGCUCUUCUUAGGCCAUGAUGAUCCACGGCUUCCAGAGCAGCCACCAGGACUUCUCCUUCGGCCCCUGGAAACUGACGGCGGCCAAGACUCAUAUCAUGAAGUCGGCAGAUGUGGAGAAGUUAGCUGAUGAAUUACAUAUGCCAUCUCUCCCUGAAAUGAUGUUUGGAGACAACGUUUUAAGAAUCCAGCACGGCUCUGGCUUUGGGAUUGAGUUCAAUGCUACAGAUGCAUUAAGAUGUGUAAAUAAUUACCAAGGGAUGCUUAAAGUAGCCUGUGCAGAAGAGUGGCAGGAAAGCAGGACGGAGGGUGAACACUCCAAAGAGGUUGUAAAACCAUAUGAUUGGACCUAUACAACAGAUUACAAAGGAACAUUACUUGGAGAAUCUCUUAAGUUAAAGGUUGUACCUACAACAGAUCAUAUUGAUACAGAGAAAUUGAAAGCUAGAGAGCAGAUUAAAUUUUUUGAAGAAGUUCUCCUAUUUGAGGAUGAACUGCAUGAUCAUGGAGUUUCGAGCUUGAGUGUGAAAAUUAGAGUAAUGCCUUCUAGCUUUUUUCUACUGUUGCGGUUUUUCUUGAGAAUUGAUGGGGUACUUAUCAGAAUGAAUGACACGAGGCUUUACCAUGAGGCUGACAAGACCUACAUGCUACGAGAAUAUACUUCACGAGAAAGCAAAAUUGCUAAUUUAAUGCAUCUUCCACCUGCCCUCUUCACAGAACCUAAUGAAAUAUCACAGUAUUUACCAAUAAAGGAGGCAGUAUGUGAGAAGCUAAUAUUUCCAGAAAGAGUUGACCCUAACUCUUCAGACUCACAAGAAAGUACACCCGUGGAAUAGAAUGUGAUAUAACAUGUUUUCACUGUGGAAUUUGACUGGACAUGUUGGCUAUUUGUAGGGGGUAUUUUUGUUAUGAGCAUUAAUUACCUUGCUUAUGUACAGAUUUUCUGUAGCCUUAAAGGAAAUAAAAAUAAAAAUAAAAUGUUGUAGGCAGGUUCACUCAACUGCUGUUUGUACGGUCUAUCUUCAAAUUCAUAAUCCAGAUUUGAAUGUUCUGGAAUUAAAUUUGGAUUCCUAAAGUAUCACAAAGUAUGACCUCAGCAGUAGUGAUAUGUAUAUGUAUCAUGAGCUGUGGACAUAGUAUGCAUCCAUCAUGAAACAUUGUCUUCAACUGUGAAGAGACUAAUUUAAAUAAAUCACAAUACUUUGUGACUUUAAUAGGAUUCCUGAUUGUGCAUGUUGAUACUGGCUGUUCGUUUUGGGCUUUCUGAUAUUUACUCAAACUUACGGAGAGUUGUGACUUGUCACUUAGGAAAUUAAUUUUAUGGUUUAAUGAUCUUUACCCACAGAAACUUAAAAAUGUAUUUAGCCCCACAUUUUAAGUUAACUGUGGAACUUAAAGCAAGUUUUAGAAAUAGAACCAAAAAACCCAAGUGUGGGAAACUUAGGCUAUUAUGCACCUGGAAACUUGGACAGAAUUUCCUGGGUUAUUAGAGUUGUCUUUCCUCCAUCUUUUCAGUACAGGGCCUCAUUAAUACAGAUACAAAAGUAAAUUUCAAAUAAUGUGGUUAUUUUGAUGAUGAAUAUUUAACAUUUUUAUAUUCUUUUCUACCUUUCUAGAUGGUCUUCAUAAAGUGGAAAAAUAUUUAAGCAUCAAAUAAGGAAGCAGAUUCUUAAGUAAAUUUUUAAAGAACAAGGAGGUAAUUACCUCUUUGUUCUACCUUGAAAUAACUAUUACAUUUCCACUUGAUGGGUAAGCCAUUAAAUAAGAUUACCUAAUUCAAAGUAUUAGCAAAGCCCUUCGAUUUUAGCUUGAAGAUAAAUUUCAGUGAAAAAAUACAUUUCAAUAUUCAUCAGUGCCCAGACUUUGAUAUAUAGUUGUGAGUGAAACAGGCAGGGUCUGUCUUAAUAGCUAAAUUUGUCACACAUAAUUUUAGUAUUUGUCUUAAUUACCUCCAAAGUAUAGGAAAUUAGGAUUUUGUUGUUUAUUGUAUAUUAAAUAUACCUGUAUUUAAAGUUUUCUCUUAGGAUAGGAAAGUGUGAUGAUGUGUGUACAUGUAUAUAUAUGUGAAUAUACAUACAUACAUAUAUACAUUUUAAGUUUAAAUAGAACAGAGUCUAUUCAUGCAGAUUAUAAGAAAUGAAAAACUUGUAAGAAUAUUCAUUAAUUGGUGUUUCCGGGCAAUGUAUAUUAUGUGUAUAUGUGUGUGUAUACCCACAUGUAUUUUUAAAACUUAGUUGAUUUAAAUGUCUUGGUCUCCAAGUAGUCUUAGAUUACUUAUUUUGAUAAUGCAUUGCUAAACAUUGUGAAGAUUU